GUCUACCUCUGCAUACGUCACCAAUACCUUUACAAAAGACUAAAUCAUAAAAGUAUAGAAGUCUUGACGGUCAUAUGUGUAAUCCCGAGGUCGGUUACGCAUGCGUGGAUCUAAUGUUAAACUGCGAUGUGGACUGUUGUCAAUUUAGUGUUAUUUAAGCCAACACGUCUGCAGGGAGAACAGACAGCCGUAAAAAUUAGCUCAAAGCCGUUUGUGUAGCAGAAUCCCUGGCUGUUUUUUUUUUAUCUCGAGAAAGUGUAGGCCUAUUAUUCAUGGUUUACGGACAGCAACGAUGAGGCUCGAUUUUAGAUAAAUCUCAUCGGUGAUAGUGCAUUUGAUAGUACCAUGGGAUAUGACAUCGAUAGAUUUGUUAACAGUGUGAACGACGGUCUGCUGUGCUGUAUUUGCCGAGACGUGCUAGAAGACCCUCUUCAAUCGCCGUGCGAACACGCUUACUGCUCUGAAUGCAUCCAAGGUUGGCUCGUCCACGAGCAGGUUUGUCCAGAAGAUCGACAGACACUUCUUGAAUCACAGCUGAAGCCGUUGUUCAGAUACAUGCGCAACGAUCUUAAUAAUCUUCGUAUCCGCUGCCUAAAUCGUGACAACGGAUGUGACACCGUAACUGAACUAGAGAACCUCGCUCGUCACGAGAGUGCGUGCGAGUUUGGCACGGCGAACUGUCCGAACAAGGGUUGUCCGGUCACCAUGGAGCGGCGCGUCCUCGAUAGCCAUCUUGCCACUUGUGAAUUUACCACAAAACAGUGUCCAAAAGGGUGUGGUCUGACGAUUCUGAGCUCCGAUCACGACUCUCAUAACUGUAUAGCGGAGCUUAGGACCGAACUUGAGUUAUUGCGAUCGGAGAUGAUAUGUAAACUAGAAGACCAGCGACAUGAAACUAAACUAAGAUUAGACUCACAACGAACUCAUAUGGUGCAGAAAAUAAGUGGAAUGCAGCAGAAUAUUGACGAACUUCGAGGACAACUUUCGCAUUUACAACACGAGGUUCGUCUGCUCAAUGCUAUGGAGCGGAAGCGUCGUCAAGACAUGGAAAGAUUGGAGCUAGAAAAGAAAGAACUAAUAGAACUAUUACAAGCCAUUCGACUAGAGAACGAGGCGGGAAAGACCGCCUGCCGACAGUGCAAGAGAAGCGAACGGAUAACAUCCAUAUAGGUCCAAUAUGAUUAAAAUCUCCGAUUCAGUUUUUACAAGCUCCAACUCAGACGGCUCUAGAGUAUUAGUGACUCACAAAUUUACAUAACAGUUAUUUUAUAAACCUGCAAUCAUCCUUCUACGCAUUGAAAAUAUGAACAUUCAGAACUUGCCUUCAAGUGAUUGGAUGUGAUACAACACCUCAGCUGAUCCUGAUUGUGAGUCAAGACCAGCUGCUGAUACUCAGGGUUAUAAUAUCUCGCCAAGUGUGGAGCUAUACAGUUUCGUAUCUAGGGGGUACGCGGGGGGGGGGGCGCACACACCCCUCCAAAAAAAUCACGGUCAAGUAGUUAAGAAUCACCUUAUUUUGCGAAUACCUGUAAGUAGCCUAAGUGCG